AUGUCACACCACGACCAAGAUGGGGUUGCUCACAGCAACCUGGAAACCGACCAUGCAUCCCCUAGCACAUCCUUGUCACCAGACGAUCGAUCACAAAAACGAACAAGUGACGAUGCGGCCAUCACUCGCGAGCGCAAAUCCCGAAAAUCAACUCAUGAAUUGCUGACCGAUGCAGAAAAGAAGGCGAAUCACAUUGCUUCAGAACAGAAGCGAAGGCAGAAUAUACGUUUAGGGUUCGACCAGCUCAUUGAAAUUGUGCCUUCACUCAACAGCGGCAACCGCAGUGAAGCCAUCAUUUUACAGAAAUCUGUUGAUCAUAUCAAGCAACUAAUUGCCAACAAGAGUCAAUUGAAAGAGCAGAUCAAGGAGCUGGAAAUUCUUCUCGGCGAUCCACACUAUGACGAUGAUGCAAGUAUAGUAUAA